AUGGCACCAAUGAGCCGGCAGCCCAAGUACUGCGACAAUCGCGGCGCGGCCAUUGAGGACCUCCUCGAGAUACUCCACACGGGGUCUGCUUCAAACAAAGUCGCAGCGCUUCAUCGCCUUCGGAACGUUGCGGCGCACGAUGCAGCUUGCGUGCCGGUCGUGGUCCGCGCGAGUUUACCGCACUUGCUAAAGCUGCUUUGGCACCGGGACCGCGCCAAGCUGCAUGGCGGUAUCGCGUCGGCUCUGGAAGCCAUGUCAGGAGCGAGGACCUUUGCCGCUGCUGUGGAUCCGCACCGGAGCUCGCUGACGUCCAUCCUCGGUGCGCUGCUCCAGGUCGAUGACAGCGCCGCCGUCGUCGAUGCGGUCGAUGUGAUCGCCAAUGUUGUCGACGCAACCGAGUCCUUGGCGCUGCUGCGUGGACUGCCACUUCCAAGCACACUUCUUCGGCUCCUAGACAAACACGAUGACGAGGUGCGCGUCGCGGCCUUGCGGACGCUGUGGCGGAUUGCGUACUACGACCACGCAGCGCGCGAUACCAUUGCCGCCGCCGCGCACCAGAGCAUCAAUGAUGGCAAUCACGAGAUCAUGGGCUAUGCAGAACGCAUAUGUGCACUCUGCACGCCGACCCGAGAGAGCGUUCGCGUCUCGUGCAUCAAGUACAAUCAAGAAGACAAGUAAAGGGGUAGUAGAUCCGA